AUGCACUACUCCUCAGUGGUCUUGCUGUUUGCUGGGCUGGCCUCGGCCCAAGUGGCUGAAUGGGGUCAGUGUGGGGGGAAAGGCUGGACCGGCUCAACUACCUGCGUAUCCCCGUAUACUUGCCAGUAUCAGAACGAUUGGUAUAGUCAAUGCCUGCCAGCGACGAGUUCUAGUAGUACCACCUCAAGCACAUCGUCAACCACAUCCAAGUCGACCACUUCGUCAACUACAACGAAAUCGACCACCUCGUCCACUACGACCAAGUCAACAACCACCACCACCUCCUCGACUACCUCGACUACAUCCACUGCGGUGUCCACUUCGACCGUAUUCCCCACGACCAACGGUCUCAACUUCACCAUUGAUGGAGAAACGGGCUACUAUGCCGGUACCAACUCCUACUGGAUCGGCUUCCUGACCAACGACGCCGACGUCGACCUGGUGAUGCAGCACCUAUACGACUCCGGCCUCCGCAUUCUCCGCGUCUGGGGCUUCAACGACGUCAACACGAUCCCUUCAUCCGGAACCGUCUACUUCCAGUAUCUGACCGCGGGGACUGCCACGAUCAACACCGGCGCUGACGGUCUACAGCGUCUUGACUACGUGGUCGCCUCUGCAGAGAAGCACGGCAUCAAGCUGAUUAUCAACUUUGUCAACAAUUGGUCUGACUACGGUGGUAUUGCGGCCUACGUGUCAGCCUUUGGAGGCUCUGCAACCACCUGGUACACAAAUACCGCGGCGCAGGCAGCUUACCAAACGUAUAUCAAGACUGUGGUGUCCCGGUAUAGUUCAUCUUCUGCGAUCUUCGCGUGGGAGUUGGCCAAUGAGCCUCGCUGCAAUGGCUGCGAUACGUCGGUUCUUUACAACUGGAUCAAGACGACCAGUGCGUAUAUCAAGUCUCUUGAUUCGAAGCACAUGGUGUGCAUCGGUGACGAGGGCUUCGGUCUGAGCACCGACUCGGACGGCAGCUACCCAUUCACCUACGGCGAAGGGCUCAACUUCACUCUGAACCUCGACAUCGACACCAUCGACUUUGGUACUUUCCACCUCUACCCAAAUAGCUGGGGCGAAGUAGACACCUGGGGUCCCACCUGGAUCAAGGCCCAUGGCGAUGCCUGUGUCGCUGCUGGCAAGCCCUGUCUUUUCGAAGAGUACGGGUACCCCUCGAAUCAUUGCAGCGUUGAGGCUCCCUGGCAGGCGGCGGCGCUGGAUACCAAGGGCAUUGCCGGAGACCUGUUCUGGCAGUGGGGUGAUACUUUGAGCACUGGACAGACUUCGGAUGAUACUAACACUAUCUUCUACGGGUCGAGUGACUUUACCUGCUUGGUGACGAAUCAUGUUGCGGCCAUUUAG